AUGCUCCACCCGCCGCACCGCGGGCACAUGUUCCGCCUUCCGCAGUUUAGCUUCUUCCCCGAAGACUAUGACGACGAUGGGCUCAGCGGUGGCGGCAUCGGCGGCACCAAGGGCGGCAAGCACGGCAUCUGCGGCGACCCGUACAACGGCGCGCGUCAUCACGAGACGGGCGGCAAGUACGGUCUCUUCCCCAAGUACGGCGCCAAGGCCGUCGGCGCGUGCUACAAGCCGGGUGCGACCAUGGACAUUGACAUUCAGAUCACGGCCAACCACAAGGGGUACUUUACCUUUGGUCUCUGCAAGCUCAACGGCAAGGACGACAAGGAGACCGAAGAGUGCUUCCAAGAUCUCAAGCAGCCCAACGGCGAGACGCAGUGGAAGCUACCGGGCGGCAACAAAAAGUUCUCCAUGCAGUACAACCUGCCGUCGAACGUCAAGUGCGACGGCGACUCGCACUGCGUGCUGCGCUGGUGGUACGUCGGCUGGAACAACCCGGACGACGACAUCAACGGCCAAGAGCAGUUUUGGAACUGCGCCGACAUUUACAUUAGCGACUCGUGCGGUUCGGAGCCCAAGCCAACGCAAAAGCCCGUGCCCACCGACGUGCCGUCGCCAGACGACUCGAACCCGACGACCAUGCCGACGCACAAGCCGACCCACAAGCCUACUGACAAGCCGACGCACAAGCCCAAUGACAAGCCGACGCAGAAGCCCACUGACAAGCCGACGCAGAAGCCUACUGACAAGCCGACGCACAAGCCCAAUGACAAGCCGACGCAAAAGCCGAUCGACGUCAAGGACGCCAAGAAGGCGUGGGAGCAGUGCGGUGGCAAGGACUACACGGGCAACGUGGCCUGUGCGACGGGCCUCGAGUGCAUCAAGCAGGACGAGUGGUACUCGCAGUGCGUGCCCGCCAAGCGCUUUGGCUAA